AUGCAUUCAACAACUUUCGCCGCGCUUAUAGGAUUUUUCCUCCUAAUUAGCGUGUUCUUGAUCACACGCCGGCCGAAAGCAUCUUCCUCUUCCUUACCCUUACCACCAGGACCCAAGCCACUGCCUUUGAUAGGCAAUGUCCAUCAAGCUCCCAGGUCCCAUGGAUGGAGGACAUAUCGCGAAUGGAAUGAGCAAUACGGACCGAUCGUUCACCUCAAUAUGCUUGGACAACCGGUCAUCAUUUUGUCGACCUCGGAAGUAGCCCACGACCUGCUCGCCAAGCGUGGAGCGAUCUUUUCCGAUCGACCUCGACUGUUUCUCGCGACGGAGUUAGCAUUGAAGGGGCUCAACAUCCUCAUGAUGAACUACACCGAUCAAUUCCGGCAUCAUCAGCGGCUCCAGGUGUCCGUGCUGAACGCGACUCCGGCCGCAGCAUAUCUCCCCAUCCAAACCCUAGAGUCCCAACAGUUGCUGUACGAUCUCUUGCAAACAAGCGGAAGCGUGGGGAUUGAUGCCCAAGGGCCGUUCCAGCGGACCACGGCCAGCAUCAUCCACACCUUACUGUAUGGCUUCCGGAUUCAAGACCCCAACGACCCCGUCCUCCGCAGCGUGGUCCACCUCAACGAGGAAUUCUCCGAAUUCAUCCAGGUGGGUGCGCAUAUCGUCGACCAGUUCCCGGUGCUGAACCACCUGCCGGGCUUUCUGGCGCCCUGGAAGGCGAAAGCGGAGAACCACUAUACCACCAAGUAUAGCCUGCGUCUCAGCAACUUCCGCCGGGCGCUGGAGGAUUCAGACGCCUGGAACAUCUCCAAGCAGCUGAAAAAGACGGUUGAAACGGAUGAUCAUCGCGACAUGCCUCUGGACGAGCUCGCUUUCGAGCUGGGGACGAUGAUCGACGCCGCGCUCGACGGCACGACCGACAGCCUGGUCUGGUUUGUGGUCGCGUGCAUUACUCAGAAGCAGAGCUUCAUCACCAAGGCCCGCGCCGAGCUCGACGCCGUGGUCGGCCGGGACCGGCUGCCGCUGCCCGACGAUAAGCCCAACCUGCCGUACAUCACCGCGACCGUCGAGGAACUCCUCCGGUGGCGGCCCGCCGGCCCGGAGGGCGCGCCGCACCUCAACCGCGAGGAGACGACCUACAACGGCUACCGCAUCCCCAAGGGCUCGGUGGUGGUGGCCAACAUCUGGACGAUCGCGCGCGAAGAGGCCGUCUUCGGCCCCAACAUGGACGCUUUCAUCCCGGAACGCUGGCUGGAUGACAACGGGGACUUACGGUCUUCGCUUCCGGCGCCAGCGUUCGGGUAUGGACGACGGGCCUGCCCCGGACGGUACUUCGCGCGUAAUGUCCUCUGGAUUGUUGUGGCGCGGUUGCUCUGGUCGUUUGAUAUCAAAGCCGGUGUGUCUGAGGAGACGGGCGAGCCGGUCCCCGUGGAUCCGGAAGCGUGCACUUACGGUCUGGUCAUGCGCGCCCUGCCCUUCAAGGCGCGAUUUGUCCCGCGCGGAUCGUGGGUGCGUGAGGUCAUCGCGCGAGGGGGGGACACGUAUGGCCAGGAUCACUCGGCGCUGCUUCGGCAGAUUGGGGCUGAGUUUCCGAAGUUGUGA